AUGGCGGAAUUUUCUUUGGAUGAUUUCGUUGAUUCUCCCAGUGUUGAGAAGUUGCUGGUUCUGAAGAAGGUUCAUCUCUUGGAGAUUGCUCAUCAUUACCAGGUUGCUGAGGUAAGGAAUACUUGGCGUAAAUUAGAAAUUCUGAAAGCUGUAAUUCAGUGGUUAGUGGAAGAGGAAGAUGUUCUGCCACUUGAAGCUUUAUCUAAGGUUCAGAUUGAGUCUGUGAAUGUGGACUUGACAGAGAAAUUGCGUUUGAAAGAGUUGGAACUAGAGAUAGCGAAAGUUGAACUUGAACGAGAACAAGUAGUUUUGAGAAGGGGGCAUGAGAAUGCUAGAGAACGAGAAGAAAUUAGGCAAGUAAAGUCUGAUUUUGAUGUUGCGAAACAUGUUCGAAUGGUUCCCGUUUUUCAGGAGGGGGAGGAGAUAGAGAAAUAUUUCCUUCACUUUGAAAAGGUAGCUGUUAGUUUGAGUUGGCCGCAAGAAAAAUGGUCACACUUGUUACGAUCUCAGUUGAAGGGUAAAGCUCGAGAUGCUUAUUCAGCUUUGUCAGUUGAUGAUGCGGGUCGUUAUGACGUUGUUAAAGCAGCAGUGUUGCGUGCUUAUGAGCUUGUACCGGAUGCGUAUCGUCAACAAUUUCGGAAAACGCGCAAAGAUGAGACCGAAACUCAUCUUGAGUUUGCUAGGCGCAAACAACAGUUGUUUGAUAGAUGGAGUUCGUCACUCCAUGCAGAUAGCUUUGAUAAGCUUAGAGAAAUAAUUCUUCUCGAAGAGUUUAAGCGUAGUGUGCAUUUCGAUGCUAGGUUGCAUCUUGAAGAGCAGCAAAUAGGAACGCUUAAUGAAGCAGCGAAGCUUGCAGAUGAUUAUGCGCUAACGCACAAAAUCACAAACAAAAAAUCAGAUGAGACAAACAAAUCUGGAAAGUGGAAAAACAAAAACAAAAAUGGUGCUUCAGCACACAACAAGAAAGAAGUAAAAUCACAAUCUAAAGAUGACGAGCAAGAAAAGAAAUGCUAUGCAUGUCACAAGGUUGGUCAUUUUAAAGCAAAGUGUCCUACACUUAAAGGAGAAACAAGUGAAUCAAGUAAUGCACAUCCAAAUGCAUUUGUGAAUAAUUUGCUAAGUUCAGAGAGUAGGAUUGAGCCAGUUAACUUAGAGAAAGUGAAAAAGCAAUAUGAACCGUUUGUUUCUGUAGGAUAUGUUUCCCUAGCUGGUAGUGUCGAAGCAAGAAAAGUGAAAGUGUUGCGUGAUACUGGUUCUUCUCAGUCUUUGAUUUUGGAGAGUGUGUUGCCUUUUGGUGAGAAAUCUUGUGUUGGAACUAGUGUUUUGCUCCAAGGAAUAGGAGAUGGCUUUGUAAAAGCACCCCUUCAUGUGGUAGACUUGAAAUCAGACCUUGUUUCUGGCAGUGUGAAAAUAGCUGUGAGACCAUCACUUCCGAUGGCAGAUGUUUCCAUCAUUUUAGGGAAUGAUCUUGCUGGUGAUAAAGUUGUGCCAUGUCCAGUUGUGUGA